AUGGGGGGCGAUGGCGGCUCCUUCUCUCACCGCACCGAAAUGGUGCGCACAAAAGGAUUUAAGUUUCUCCGCAAUUUAGGAGGAAUGGGAUAUACACCAAAUACUCAAAUACGAGCAGGUGAUGAACGAUUCGGCAAGAACGAAAGCCGCGAUCUGCGGACCUCUGCAUGCGCCUUCUCGCAGGAGAAACUUCAACCUCCAUUGUUGGCUUGCCGAAUUGGCCGUUUGUACAACAAAGAAGCGGUUAUAAAGGCUCUACUGGAGAAGGCUCUGCCCGCUCACAUGAAGCACGUGAAGUCGCUCAAGGACAUGAAGGAAGUGCAAGUAGAUAUCAACGCAGAAACAGGGUUCCCCGUCUGCCCUAUUACCAAGGCAGACCUCAGCAGCGGCGUCCGCGCAUGCAUCAUUUGGCCUUGCGGCUUCAUCGUAUCCAACAGAGCCAUAGAAGCCAUGACACAAAAGGAUGGGGACGGCAGCAAACAGGACAGCAGCAGCAGCAGCAGCAACAACAACAGCAGCAGCAAUGUAGAGUCUGGGCGUCCGAAGAUUCGGGGUUCAUUUGUCUGUCCGAUGUGCUCUAAGGAGCAUGACGCAUCAGAAGAUUUAAUUCCGCUGUCUCCAGAUGAAGAGGAGACGUCUGCGCUGCUAGAGAAGGCUUUGCAGCAGCAGCAGGCGAAGCAGGCGGCCAAGAAGAAAAAUAAAGCAGCAGCAGCAGCAGCAGGUAGCAACUCCGGCGCUUCAACUUCUCCUGAGGCCGCCCCGAAGGAGGGAGAGAAGCCGCAGUCUCCUAACCCUGAAAACGAGAAAGAGACAGAAUCAGCGCACUCCAUCAAUAAAAGAAGAAAUGAAGCUCCGCUCCCACUUCCAACAUCUAAACGGCUCAAAGAUUGGGUCUUAGAGGCUGAGGUAGCAGCACUGCCCCCUCCCACCAGCUCUACAAAGCAGAGAAAGGUUGCCGCCUAG